UUGCAUAGUCAUUGAAAUUUAUAAACAAGUCGCUGCUGCUUUUGGUGCAAUUGUUAUAGUAGAUCUUAACUGAGUUAUGUGUAAAUCUGAAUGGUCUUAUAGCAAGCAUCAGUUAAAAUGGGCCUGCGUCUUGCUGAACUGUGUCAUUGUGUAUCUAUAUGCUGGCGUCUUUAUUCAAUAUAUCUACGUGCUUAAGCAGUUGGGCAACGAUUAUGCUUUCAAUACUUUGUUUACAUUGCUAAUUGGGCUGGAGGCGACGGUUAUGCCAAGUUUAUUGGUAGACAUAAUUUUUAUAGUGCGCAGCUUGAAGUUCAUGCUGCUAGCGACUUCUAUUUUGAACACUUUGUUGUGCUUGGCUUUGUUAUUUGCUGGCAGCAUGUCGGUUAUAAAAUUCACAGAUGUUUAUGUUGUCACCCGUGAGUUUCGCAAUGGGAUUUUGCAUCAUUAUGAGGAGCAGCGCGGCUGCUGUGGCAUACACGGCCCUGGCGACUAUGAGGACUUGAAGGAAAACAAUACCAUACCCAAGUCCUGUUAUCAUAAUCACAACAUAACGCCCGAGCAUUUGGUGGAGCGUGGUUGUCUCUAUGCCGCCACUGGCACUUGGUUUUGGUUUAUAUUCUCCAAUUGCUAUUGGGUGGCAUUUGCUUUAAUUAUCGUCAAUGAUGUUUACCAUUGGAAGUUGAUUAAAGCCAUUGAUCGCUCCGAAUUGGAAGUUGAAUGAAUAGAGGCCUUGAGUUGUGAGUUCUUGUGGCAGCAGCAACGUUUACCAUGGAAAACGCCCACAACGUGUCGACCACAAAAGCUAUUAGCCAUUAACAACAGCGGCCCACUGCAUCCGCCAGGCGUCUGGCUAAACCACAAACUCGCAAACAACAACAACAACAACAGCAAAUGUCUUUUAAUUUGUCAAAGCUUAAAAUAUGAAAAUUAA